GGCGGCCCCUCCCGGCGCGGUGGGAGCGACCGGCGCGGCCCGAGCGGCACCGGCACCUGCCGCCGGCCCGGCCCAGCCCAGCUCGGCCCCGCGGGGCCCCGAUGAUGCUGGGCGCGCGGGCGGCGGAGGAGCAGCAGCAGCGCCCGAACGCGCGGCGGCCGCUGCCGCCCCAGUGACGGCCCCGCCAUGUCGGUGAUGGUGGCGAGGAAGAAGGUGGUUCGGAAAUGGGAGAAGCUGCCGGGCAGGAACACCUUCUGCUGCGACGGCCGGAUCAUGAUGGCCCGGCAGAAGGGCAUCUUCUACCUGACACUCUUCCUCAUCCUCGGCACCUGCGCCCUCUUCUUCGCCUUCGAGUGCCGCUACCUGGCGGUGCAGCUGUCCCCGGCCAUCCCUGUGUUUGCAGCAGUGCUCUUCCUGUUCUCCAUGGCCACGCUGCUGCGGACGAGCUUCAGCGACCCUGGCGUGAUCCCCAGGGCCCUGCCCGAUGAGGCAGCCUUCAUUGAGAUGGAGAUUGAGGCCACCAACGGGACCGUGCCGCAGGGUCAGCGCCCGCCCCCGCGCAUCAAGAACUUCCAGAUCAACAAUCAGAUUGUGAAGCUCAAGUACUGCUACACAUGUAAGAUCUUCCGGCCGCCCCGCGCCUCGCACUGCAGCAUCUGCGACAACUGCGUGGAGCGCUUUGACCAUCACUGUCCUUGGGUGGGCAACUGCGUGGGAAAGAGGAACUACCGCUACUUCUACCUCUUCAUCCUCUCGCUCUCCCUCCUCACCAUCUACAUCUUCACCUUCAACAUCGUCUACGUAGCACUGAAAUCUCUGAAGAUUGGGUUUCUGAACACGUUAAAGGAAACCCCAGGGACUGUACUGGAGGUGCUCAUCUGUUUCUUCACGCUGUGGUCGGUGGUGGGGUUAACUGGGUUCCACACCUUCCUGGUGGCACUGAAUCAGACAACCAACGAAGACAUUAAGGGGUCCUGGACUGGGAAGAACCGUGUGCAGAAUCCCUACAGCCACGGCAACAUAGUGAAGAACUGCUGUGAGGUGCUGUGCGGGCCCCUGCCCCCCAGUGUCCUGGACAGACGGGGCAUCCUGCAGCAGGAGGAGAGCACAGCUCAGGAGGGGUCGUGCCCGCGGGCACCCGGCACGCAGGAGCCCCCGGCAUCUCAGGGCCCUGGGCAGGCCCAGGAGGGUGGCACGAAGCAGCAGGAUGGCAGCAUUCUUCCCCCCAGUGCUGUCCCUGCCCCGUCUGUGAGUGACACCGAGAUGCCAGAGGAGAAGCAGCGAACGCCUGGGGAGCUCCCGGUGCCCCCCCUGGACGCUGGGCGAGCGCAGCACUAGCAUCUGCUUGGAAGGGAGAACUUUGUUGUUUUGUCUAAUCAAAGCUGGAUGUGGUGGAGGAGAGGAGAAGGGCUGGAUGGCAGGCACCUGAUUCCCCAUGGCCAUUUUGCUUUAGUCAUCACUCACCGCGGUGCGGGCAGCGCUGGCCUUGGCGGUGGCACCCCCGGUCACUGUGGGGCACAGCCAGCACCAGCUCUGCCUGGGGCCGGGCCUCUGGCUCUGUGGGCUGGCCUGGAUGCUCCAUCCCAGCUCAGGGCUGGGGCUGCCCCUCCGCCCGGGCCCAGCUCUGGCAGGGUGAGGCUGUCAGGGCCAGCCUGCGCCCUCCUGCUGAGGAAUCCCCAAGAAAGGGGAAAGCAAUCGUGGCAGCAAUGUCCUCUCUCCCCUCCUCCCUCCUUCCUGUAAUCCGUGGCGUUGUUUUGUGGUUGGCGUGGCAAGGUUUGUCAGGAGACGUUUUGGUGCCCCAAGGUCCCAAACAAGUGGGAAGGAGUUCUGCUGGCA